UCAUCAGCAUAGAAAUGAAUAGAGCAAGAAAUUUGGCUUUGAAGAUGGUUGAAGGAUAAUAGAAACAGUGGGUGACAGGAAAGAACCCUGAUGAACACCGCUGUUAACAGACUUGAGAGAAAAACAGCGACCGUCUACCACAGCAGCAAUAAACUUGUAAAAGUGCCCUUCUUCGCCAUCCUCGCUUCCUCCUUUUUCUCCCACCGCAGCAUGAUGUGUCCCAAGAUUCUAAUACCAAGAUGGUGGCGUGGUGCCACUAUACUCCUCGCCACGAUAGCUCCCUCCAUCAUUUUCUUUUACGCCAAAUCACAGUCAGCACGGUGUGGCUUCGUGAUGGUUGUAAUGGCGGUGAUGUGGGUGACAGAGGUGAUACCCUUGCAUGUCACAGCCCUCAUACCCGUCUUCGCUUUCCCCUUAAUGGGCAUUCUUUCCACUGGUAUCGUGAGUAGACUGUACCUUAAAGAUUCCAGUAUGAUGUUCCUCGGUGGCCUCAUCAUGGCGGCAGCGGUGGAGAACUGCAACUUUCAUGAACGUGUUGCCCUUUUCGUGAUCCUCCACGUGGGUCAGAGUCCUCGCCUGCUUGCUCUCGGCUUCAUGAUCGUUACCAGCUUCCUUUCAAUGUGGAUCUCAAAUACCGCCACCGCUGCUAUGAUCGUCCCUAUCGUGGAUGCUGUAGUGAAGGAACUGACGAAGUUAAGGGAGAUGGAUGUGAUAAAGUCCAAUGAAGACAGUCAUCACGUAGGAAUCACGAAUGACUGCGAGGAGACAGGACACAUUGCCAAAAACAGAUAUCUUCGACGUGGACCAGACGGUACAUACAUCGACAUGCACGUCAUAAAAGAGGAAACGAAUGAAGAAAGUGAAAUCGAGCAAGUAGAAGUACUUGAAGUCACCGCUGCAAGGACAAGGAAGGAGGACGCCGGAACAGAGGGAGAAACUAGAAAAGAAGCGGAAAGGCGAAAGCUCAAAGCGGUAAAAAUGGAAUGUCUCUCCUUGAAACAAAUGCUGUUCCUUUCCGUCGCCUUCUCGGCUAACACUGGAGGCACAGGAUCACCUCUUGGCUGUGGGCCCAAUAUAGUGUUAAUGGGGCUGCUGGACAGCUUUGACAACUCAAUGGGACUUAAUUUUGCUACGUGGAUGAUGUUCAAUGUGCCAGGAGUUAUACUGUGCUCUUUAUUAUGCUGGCUGUGGCUACAGAUACUCUUCAUGUGCUGUGGGAAGAACCGCGUCCAGAGAUCAACGCCGGAGAUGGAACAUGCCCUCAGGAAAUUCAUUGAGGGGCAUUACCGUGCUUUGGGACCCGUGAGUAGGAAGGAAGCUGUAGUGGUUACCUCAUUUUUCAUCCUCGUGAUGCUUUGGGUUUUCCGUGAUCCUGGUUUCAUCCCCGGCUGGGCUACGUACUAUACAACGCCUGGUGAUUCAGUAUAUGUGAAGGCAGCUACGCCUGUGAUGCUCAUGGUUUUCCUUCUCUUCUGCAUCCCGGCUGAGAGUAAACCAGCUCCAGGUGCGAAGCAGGUGGAAAGAUGCAUGAACUGGGAAGCAGUGCACAAAAAGGUUCCCUGGGAGAUAGUGAUCCUACUGGGAGGUGGCUUGGUCUUAGCGGAGGGUGCGAAGCAUUCCGGACUGUCCAUUUUCUUCAGCCAACAGCUAGCCAGGCUUAAAGAUCUCCCAAAAGAAGCGUUGGUGGUGUUGGUGUGUUUAAUGGCCAGUGGAAUGACGGAGUUUGCCUCGAAUACCGCUACGGCCUCCAUCCUGCUACCUAUGUUAGCGAACCUGGCUUUAGCAAUUCAGGUAAACCCACUUUAUCUGCUGAUCCCUGCUACCGCCUGCUGCGCAUACGCCUUCAUGCUUCCAGUCGCUACUCCUGGGAAUGCCAUCGUUCUGUCUGCCUCUGGAAUGAGAACGAGUGUUAUGAUACGUGCUGGGAUAGUUAUGAACAUUGUUUGCAUCAUCGUUACUGUCUUUCUCAUCAACACGCUGGGAUAUGCAAUCUUCGACCUAAACACCAUUCCCACCUUCAGCAACUCCACUACCCUGUAGAGAAGGAACGGGACACCUACGAAGACGAGCAAAAAAAAGAAAAAAAAUAAUAAAAAAUAUGGUGAUAAUGAUGAUAGUAAGGAGGAAGUGAACCAAGGAAAGAAAAGUGGAAGAUGAGGCAAGGAAAAAUGACACUAAUAAACAGUUCGAGUAAGAGGAGGAAGAAUAGGGAAAAAUAUGAGGGCAUCGUUGAAGACGUGGGGAGAUGGAGUAGGGUGUGUGAUUGAUAAAGAAAGAAAAAAGUAGAGCACCGGCAACUCUCUCCUUUCACAAAAAAAA